CUCCGAGUUUCUCUUUCCAAGAAAAAACGGAGGCGAUAUGAAAAAGUCAAAUUAAAGUGGAAUUAAAGAAUGUCUCCUCCUCACAAGCUUGUUGGUAAACUGCCAAAGACGUCCGCAAGGGUUAUACGUGUGUUUUUGUGGAUUUGUACGUUUUUCUGAAGGGUUUCAAAACUUGUCUGAUAGCGGAGAGCCAGCGAGAAAUUGUGAGCUUCUGCGAGACCUGACGGAGUCUUUUUACUGAGAGGGGACAACAAAUCCUGAAGCCAUCAAACUCAAGGAAUGGCUUGGGGGGUCCGGGGGUCUGCUGCGUCGUUGUCCCAGAGAGGCGGAGGCGAGAGCUGAAGGUGGAGGCGUGAGCCCCCGGCGUGGCAAUGCGUCAGGGACGGCCCCCGCUUAUGAAGUGAAAGCGACUACUGCCAACGUCACCGCCUCACCAUGGGUGUCAGCGCCUCCUACCCCAACUCCUGCUCUCCUCGCUUCGGGGGGAGUUCGCAAUCACAUCACACCCUCAUCGGGACAGCUCCCUAUGGCCAGCAGGCCUAUAGAUGCGAGCCUAAACUCUACAGCCUGGAGCCGCAAGGGCCCGACCGGCCGCCGGAAAGGAGGAAGAAGACGUCGGGCCUGGCCACGCUCAGGAGGAGGUUCAUCAAGCGGCGCAAGUCGGGCCGCUCGGCCGACCACACCCGGCAGAUGCGGGAGCUCCUGUCGGGGUGGGAGGUGCGGGACAUCGCCGCCCUGGUGGAGGAGUACGGGGGGACGGCCGCCCUGAAGGAGCUGAGCUUCCAGGCCGACCUGGCGCGCCCAGAGGCCCGCACCCUGCGCCGCGACCUGGCCUCCCUCUACGAGCGCCGGCUCUGCACCGACGUGGACCUGGUGUUCCAGGGGGCCUGCUUCCCUGUGCACCGAGCCGUCCUGGCCGCCCGUUGCCCGCUCUUCAGGAAGCUGCUGCCCUCUUCUUCCUCCACGGAGCACGGCGGCGAAGUCCUGAUGGACGUGGCGCUGGCUGGUGUGGACGCGGCCAUGUUCUCGGCGCUCCUGCGCUACCUGUACACGGGCGAGCUGGGCGCGGCCGACGCCCGGCCCAAGAACGCCGACGUCCUGCUGCGGCUGAGCGAGGAGUUCGGCACGCCCAACCCGCUGGAGGCCGACAUGCGCGGGCUGUGCGACCGCAUGUGCUACUACGACUCCCUCCUCAGCUUCUCCGCCGAGGCCGGGCCGGGGGAGGGCGAGGGGGCUGCCGGGGGCGGCGGGGAGGAGCUCCGGGCCCACAAGGCCCUGCUGGCGGCCCGCUCACCCUUUUUCCGGAACCUUCUGCAGCGGCGCACGCGCUCCGGGGAGGAUGCGGGCGACCGCGGGCCGCAGGGCCCCGCCCGCAUCGUUCUGGACGAGUCAAUAAUACCCAAGAAGUACGCGCGGGUCAUCCUCCACUGCAUGUACACGGACGCGGUGGACCUGUCCCUGGUGUUGCGCAGCAGUCCCUCGGCCGGCAGUCUGGGGGAGGUGCAGGCCCUGGUGGCCGGGCGGGGCGGCAUGACCCGAACCGAGGAGGCCAUGGAGCUCUACCACAUCGCCCUCUUCCUGGAGUUCAGCAUGCUGGCCCAAGGGUGCGAGGACAUCGUGGCUGAGAGCAUCGCCCUGGAGUCCAUCGUGGCCAUCCUGAGGUGGAGCUCUCAGCCCUACGGCUCCAAGUGGGUCCACCGGCAGGCCCUGCACUUCCUGUGCGAGGAGUUCAGCCAGGUCAUGACCUCAGACACCCUGUACGAGCUGGGCCAGGAGCACCUGCUGGACGCCAUCCAGUCCAACUACCUGCAGGCCAGCGAGCAGGACGUCCUCAAGUACGUGGUGAAGUGGGGAGAGCACCAGCUGAUCAAGAGAAUGGCUGACCGAGAGCCCAACCUGCUGAGCGGCACGGCCCACAGUGUGAACAAGCGGGGGGUGAAGCGCCGGGACCUGGACCUGGAGGAGCUGAAGGAGAUCCUGUCCCCCCUGCUGCCCUGCGUCCGCAUGGACCACAUCCUCCCUGCCAACAGCGAGGUCCUCUCUGACGCGAUGAAGAGGGGUCUGGUGAGUACCCCGCCCUCAGACAUGCUGCCCACGGCCGAGGGGGGCAGAGCCAACGCCUGGCUGAGGCUGAAGAGCGCCGGGAUCCACCUGCGACCCCGCCUCUUCUCCCCCUACGUGGAGGAGGCCAAGGCUGCGCUGGACGAGAUGAUGGUGGAGCAGACGGACCUGGUGCGACUGCGCAUGGUCCGCAUGUCCAACGUGCCCGACACCCUCUACAUGGUCAACAACGCCGCCCCCCAGUGCUGUCACAUGAUCAACCACCAGCAAGUCCCGGGCGGCCAGGCCACCCCUCCCUCUGUGGUGGCCAAUGAGAUACCAGUGCCCAGGCUGGCGGUGGUGAAGCAGAUGACGUCUCGCCUGCAGGAGUUGCGUCACACGGAGCUGGUCCAGCGCGCGUACGCUCUGAACUGUGGCGAGGGGGCGAGUGUCAGCCACGCCCUGCAGCUGCGGGUGCUGCGUGAGUUCGGCCUGCCGGACGGUGCGGCCGAGCUGCUGCAGAACCCGCACAAGUUUUUCCCGGAGGAGUGCUUCGGGGACGAGAGUCCUGUUCUCGCCCUGCGCCCCGUCUCCAGAACAACGGCCGCCGAGGGGCUGCCCGGAUUCCACCCGCCUCUGCCCCCUCCCCCUCCGCCCUACCACCCCCCUGCCACGCCCGGCCACGCCCAGCUGGCGGGCUGGAGGCCCAGAGCUCACCCCCAGCCUCCGUCCCGCUCUUUCUCUUACCCCUGCAACCACACCCCUCUGCCCUGGUGCCCCAAACAGGCUGACCCGCUGGGUCCCGCCCACCCCUCCUAUCCUGGCCAACAGGGGCUGAAUCAGCACGCGGAGCCAGCGGUCAGCGAGCUGAUGCCGGACGUCGCAGUGGGUGUGGCUUCGCUGAGCCUGAGGGCGGGCCUGGACAAGGAGAGUCACAACCCGCCCUCCUCCUCUGGGCCCCACUACCCCCCCGGACUCUACCACCCGGGUCGGCACGGCCCCGUCCCCCACGAGAGCCGGGCGGGGUUCCCCGACCUGUACAGCCUCCCCCGCCACCCGCAAGCCUUCUACCCCCCGGGGCCCGACCUGUACGUCCACGCUCGCCCGCCAGACCUGCACCGCUUCAGACCCCCACCGAGGCUAGACCUCGCUCCGGGGGACCUCCAGUCCACCAGGGGGCGGUCCAAAACGGAGCCGGACGGUCAAGUCCGGGCGCUCGCCGUCGCUGUGGAUACCCAGAGGCCCGCGGCCCCUGAGGGAUCCGGCGCGGGCGACGAGGUGGCGGCAGGAAGGGACCGCAGGUCCCCGAGCAAACCCGAGUACGCGUACAGGAAGUCUGCACUUUAACCGCGGAGAGAGAGAUGCAGGACAGACGAGCAGCUCAGGGUAAAGGAAGAGGGAGUGGGCCCUGGCUCCUGUUGGCCACCGAGUGGCCCAGAAGAGAUGGGUCCCACUGGGCGCAGUCGAACCGCUCGCUUACAAAACCGCAGAACCGCCAUUUUCGCCCCAGAAUCGCUAUCUUCAGCCACCAUCCCAGGAGCAGAACACUGCACAUUCUCGCCCCGGUCAUUCACAGCGGGGGCGGGUGUGUUUCAACCAACUUUGGUCGCAGGCUGUAUGCCACCGCAGAAGAGGCUCUUCCAAGCCUUGGCCAGACCUCCCUGCAUGUUCAUUCGUAGAGUCAGACCCCCCCUGUGACUGGAUCAUCAACUUUCCCCCACGACCCUUCCCCUCCCUUCCCAUAAUCCUCUCCCGAGUCUUUCUCCAUCCCCUGUCUUUCUAAUCAGGAGCAGGCCCUCAAGAGCAUUCCCCAGUUUAAGUUGCCUCCGUAGAAAAGAAAGCUCUGCACUUGGAAACAGAGCUUUACAGCAAUGCGCAGUAUUAUCGAGCCGGCUGGUAACAUGACUGACGGAGACAGCGCUGUGUCCCCCCACAGGGGAUAUUUACCCUGGAACAUUGCCGUUUGUGCUACGUAUUAGUGCCCUGGAUGAUUAGUAUAGGGUAAAUGUCCCUGAUUUUAAUAGCCUCCAUUUCUCAUUGCUAGGUUAUGACAGAGCAGCGACGAUGGGGGCAAUGUCGUGGAAUAUAUUGUGGCCACACUCUCCUUCCUUAAGUAUAAAUCCGGUUUGUAGCUCUUUGUCCUGCUGGCAUUUUACGUCUUAAAUGGGCUGUAAUGGCUGGGCUCCAGGGGACGCGUGGGUUCAUUAACAGUCGCAGAGAUGGUGGUGGAGACGGCCUGUUUGUUGGCGGUCAUUCCCUCGCUUGGUUGUGCUGUUGUCAGUUUGUGUCACUUCCUGUUCUUGAGCCCUCGUGUUACCCCCCUCUGGUGUAACACAAUCAGGGGAGAUUCUAACCAUUAUAACCAAGCUAGCAGAAGGCCAUGCAUUAAUAAAGCUAUCAAAAGUCAUUUUAUUCAUCAAUGAACGGCUGUUCAGAGAACUGCUGUAACCGGCAGUCCUGUUCCGGAGCACAGGGAAGGACAGUCUUGCCCAGCCCAUUUUAAUUUAUGGGAUUGCGAUCUGCCAACAUGGCUGUCGUGUAAUUUAGUUUGUUUUCGAGUUGGCCAUCUGCAGCGUCACGGGAUGUUGUGCUGGAUAUCGGACUCCAGGCUUCUUCGGUUUUCAUUCCCUCUGCUGCUCGUCUCCUGGCCGCUUUUCAUAUUGGAAGGCAAGCGCGGUAUUAGCGCCAGCAUUUUUUUAUUUGUGUAGCGAUUGUAUAUGUGCCCCCCCCCGUCCUCACUCCUAACGCUUCUGCGACUGUGGUGUAGCAUUUGUGUUUACUGGCAAAGCUGUUAUUUACUAUGAGAAGCAUUCCAUGUAUUCUUUUUUUCAUUAUUUUGUCUUUUCUAUAUGAUCGGAUUAGUACGUUUCUUCAGAGGUUUGAUUCUUUGUGAUUUUACAAGGCAGAAGUGGCAGGCCGUGAACUGGUAGCUACAGAUUCACGUGCGGAAUAUGUGUCAUAAUGCUACCCACCUCAGUCAUACUGAGACGUUCUUGAAACAAGGGCAGAGUGUUCUGUUUUGUUGUUGUUUGUUGUUUCCCAUUUAUCAACUGCAUCAGAGUGUAUGUUCUGUUUUGUGGUUGGGCCAGACCAUAAUAGUUUUGAGUGAGUCAUAUGAUCUUGACUCUGUCUGAGUUUUGUGAUGUUGCCAGGGACAACCGGGCCAAGGCAGUGGAAACGGUACUUCCUUGUUCCAAAAAAGACAGUGACGUAAGUACACAAUGCCAUUGUGUCAUAAGUAAGAAAAGGGCAGGCAAAGGCAGGUGUCAAAAUGCAUGUGAAAAAUGUUCCAGAAGACGCUCAGUGUUUCUUUACUAUCCAUCAUGUUCCCAGACUGAAUAUUAAGUCACUCAUUGUGUUUGUUAAGCUCCAGUUUAAGUGUUGUAAACCCUAAUUUCAUACGUCACUGGCCACCCUACCCCUCCUGUCUCCAAACUUGCUCUGACCCUGUUUGAACACACUUCAAAACACUUCUCUCUCACGCCUCGGCACCUCAACAGCUCCACCUUAUGGUUGUGCUAUGAUACAGCAAGGCCUCUAUUCUCAAAAUGUUCUACCUCUGUCCCACCAACUUAAGUUCUUGAUUAUAAGUCAUAAUAGAUCUUUAAUCCCAAGGACCGAUCCAAAGGAAAUCAUCCACAUUAGCAAAUACACUAUCAGGACAAAUAAGAUGACAUACAGGACAGACAUGAACAUAUGUCAAUAAAAUGUACAUUUUAAAUCUGCCUACACAAGAAUUCCAAUCAAAACGGAUGUGACUGUAGCUACUUGACAGUUUCCUUCAAUUGUAGGAAACAGUCCAACUUUCUCCAUCCCGUGACCGGGGUCCUGGAAAGCAGGACCACCCCGGAAGGUAGUGUCCCAGGCAUGUUCACUCAAGCAUAGGCAGAGGCUACCCAAAAUAGAUCCAGUCCCAGACAGAGGCAGGGCACAAAGCAACCCCCCCAAUACUGACCCACAUAAGAUAGGAUGCUGAUAUGUUCUGUCAAACUUAACUUUUUCUUCACUCAACACUCUGCUGCAUUAUUUACAAAUGGCAAGUAUGGAUGAUUUUUUAGGCAAGCUACAGCAAGCCUGGGUCAAGUACAUAAUCAGAUUCAAAUACUUUUCUACACUUGUCUGAGCUUGUCUCUUGCAUUGGAACCUAUGAAAUGCUCACAAAAUGUGCUUCUGGUCCUCUUAGUUGACUCUGUUGCACCAGGCAACAUCAGUCGAGCACAGAAAAGUAUUUGAAUCUGAAAGAAUUACGCAUUUGACCCAGGUCUGCUUAAGGUCCAUGCUACACUACAGUCCACCAAACUCCACAGAACUUACUGUGGACUCCUGGCCAGUCGGUAUUGGCGUGGCCAGGAUAACAUCUGAACUCUAAUGUGCAAUGGCACACUAAGAACAAUUCCGUCAAUAGGAUACACAAUUCUGGAGAGACAACCUGUUUUAUUGUUUAAUUCAAUUGAUGGCAGACGAUUGCUCCACCCAUUAUAUGGUGCAUCAAAUCCAGUUCUAAGGGAGGGUGGCUACUUGACAGUUACCUUCAAUUGUAGGAAACAGUCCAACUGGUCAACCUGCUACCAGCUGUUUCAAAGCAUAGCUUGAGCUGGUCUGAACUGGUAAACCAGCUAAGCCAUGUGAAGCUGGCUGUAGUGUAGUGGUUAUGGUACAUGGCUGGGACCUGCAAGGUCGGUGGUUCCCCAGUGUGGCCACAAAAAGAUCUGCACAGCCGUUGGGCCCUUGAGCAAGGCCCUUAUCUCCUCCUUAGUCUAAUCAACUGUACGUUGCUCUGGAUAAGAGCGUCUGCCAAAUGCCAUUUAUGUAAUGUACGAGCUGGGAGCUGGUCUGAACUGGUGAACCAGCUACCAGGUGUUUCAAAACCUAGCAGUUCUUUUCAGCAGGGUGCAGUCAAGAACUAGUGAGGCUUUUAAUGGAAACUUCCCUUGACCUGUUUCUUCCUGUCAUCAUGUAUAAAUAUACAGCAGUAAGGCCAUUUCUAAUCAUGCUACCAGUGUUAAUUCCAUUCACAAAGAUGGUGAAUUUAAACCUAAAGACAAUAUCCUUCCUUCUUAGAAAUUUUCUUUAUUUUCUUUAGAGACGAGUGAUUGUCCCAGAUCUUCUUGCUAUGCUGUACUGACAGAAAUUUGCUCGCAUUUCCAUAUAUUUUUUAAAACCUCUUCUAACUUGCCACCUCUGACAGCAAUGCAUUCAGUAUUUUUGUAGCUUGUAUUUUUGAGAUGUGUAACACAAAGGGUUAUCUUGAAAUGCUGGUAGAGUAUUAACUUAUGACAUCCAUAGAGAUUUGAGAUUGCUGUUGAUACUGUAUUUUUUGGGGGCUUUCCUGAAGUUGUUGACCAGGGCUACUCAGCCCUGGACCUAGUGGACUACUUUUGCUCCACUUCAGAAAAUAACCUUCAGAUGCAACAGAUCCACUUCCUCAGGCCACCCUCAAAAUGGCUGCCAGCCCGUUUAUAGACGUACACGUCCCACGACCCUGUCAAAGAAGCUCAUGGUAGAAGACAGGCUGAUGAAUUCAGCAGUAUAUCACAAUAUAUCACAUUAUAACAGCUGCCAUUAAUGCAAGAGAGAAACACAGCAGGAUUACUAUGUACAGGAUGCAGACCGGUUUUUAAUAAUGGUGCCGCAUACUACUGUUCUGGCUUGUGUAUAUCAUUGAUGGCAUUCCCAGUGUUUCCCAGUCAAAAUUUCACACACUUUUUGGUUGUGGCCCGUAAGUGUACACAUAAUGUACAUGGCAGCCAUUUUGGGUCUGGUGAAUAUACAGUACUGUAUUCAUAUGCAGUUCAUUCCUCCUGUUCAUUUAAGUCAUUGAUUGGCUAACAAAUCCACACACCUUGUUCUCCAGACUAUUGGCAGCCGAAUGAAAGGAAACCACAAUAACCCGCAGACAAUGCAGCUUGGCACGCCUGGUCUAAGGGGAGCAUAUUUUGAUUCAUUUAAUUGUUUUCAAUAUUUAAAAACUGUCCCCGAAAUUGCCUUCAUAUUAUCGCACAUACUCGUAAAGUCACACAUUUGGAAAAAAAAAGAAAAGAAAAAACAUGCUUUGACAGACUUUUGGCGCAAAUAAAUUCCUAAUAUCCAGCAGUAAAUUUGGGUUUGGAACCUGAGAGGCUCCAAGCUGUAUCAUUUAUUUUUCUCCAUGGGAACACGCCCGUGCCUUCUCUGCUAUCAGCUGGCCAUUUUAUUUUCCAGAACUUUCUUCCUAUGCAAGCAUUUUCUACCAGCCCGCAUAAACCUGUCCUUUGUUAAAAAAAAAAACUGCUUUGUACAUUUUUUGAAAGAUAAUAUUUUUCCAUUUGUAGCUACCUGUGAAGAAACCUCCAGGUAUUUGUGGAAAUGGUUUGUUAAAUAUCUUGAAAUGUGUAACAAAUGUGAUUUGUACUUGCUGUAUAUAAUGAAGUCAAGCCCCUUUCUUGUAGACGCCAUGCAAAGUUUUCUCUAGCUCUAUUUUUCUACUGUUAUCGCAGUGGGGAGCGUGGUACAGUGAUGGAACCUGUCUGCAAAAUAAACAAUUUUAACAGA